UUGUUUAUCUUUCGGCCGAAAACCAACCUAGAUACAGUAGAAUUUGUUACUUUUAAAUAAAUACAAUCAGUUCAGAGUUCAGACAAAACUAAUUCGAUUUCUUUGCAAUAUUUAGUAUUGGUAUAGCAAUUGAAGCUGAGUAGAGCUGGAAAUUGGUUAAUUACUGUAAGUUCCAAGAUUUAUUCGCAUUCAUUUCACUGGAAAUUGGUUAAUUACUGUAAGUUCCAAGAAUUUGUAAGGUCCAUUUCUAGUUUCUAAUGGUCUGCUUCCCUAUUUUAUUACCUGUAUCUUCGAAUUAUUAGGGUUUUUUUUGUUAAUGGCUAGAACACCAUCACCUAUUUCAAGAUUUAUUCGCCAAAACCCUAGCAGGCAAAACUCUAGUACCCAGAUCAGAAAAAUUGCUCUCCAAUCUAAAGAUGUUGGCUUUAAUGGAAAAUCAAUUAACCCAAAUCAGAAUCAAGAAUUGGGUCGGAGUGUAAAUCAGCAGUUUACUGAUAUAACUAAAGAAAUUGCUCAAAUCAUUAGAAAAAAGUCCAAGUGGGAGCGAACUUUAUCGUCGGAUUUUCCUUCGAUCAAUUUCACUGAUCCCCAGUUCUUCUUUGAGGUUUUGAAGCACCAGAACAAUGCAUUUCUUUCAUUAAAAUUCUUUCAAUGGCUGCACCUGCAUUCUAAUUUUGUGCCUGACCAAGUGUCUUGUGGUCUUCUUUUUGAUUCACUUUUGGAGGCUAAGGCUUGCAGUGCAGCAAAAUAUUUUCUUGAAAUUUCAGGGUUUGAUCCUGAUGUGAGUUUGUUAGAGCGUUAUAUUUGUUGUCUUUGCGAGGGUGGAUUGAUUCAGGAUGCAUUUGAAUUGUUUAAGAAGUUUAAAGGUACUGAAGUGUGCCCGUCAAUAGCGACAUGGAAUUCAGCUUUAUUGGGAUGUCUCAGUGUUGGACGGACUGAUCUUUUUUGGAGAUUAUAUGAUGAUAUGAUAGAAUUCGGGGUUGUGGCAGAUAUUGAAACUGUGGAAUAUCUUGUUCGAGCAUUUUGUAGCGAUGGUCAAGUUUUGAAGGGUUAUGAACUUCUUAGAGAGGUUUUGGAAAAGGGGUUGGUCCCGAGAAAUAUUGCUUUUAAUGCUUUGAUAUCCGGUUUCUGUAAGCAGGAAAACUAUGGCAGAGUAUCUGAGCUUCUUCACAUGAUGGUCGCUAAAAAUUGUGCUCCUGAUAUUUAUACAUAUCAGGAAGUCAUCAGUGGACUUUGCAAGAACAGAAUGUCGCUCGAGGCUUUUAGGAUUUUCAAUGAUCUUAAUGACAGAGGUUAUGCCCCAGAUAGAGUAAUGUACACAACAAUGAUUCAUGGUCUUUGUGAGAUAGGAUGGCUUGAUGAAGCCAGGAGGCUUUGGUUUGACAUGACAAACAAGGGUAUUUUACCGAAUGAAUACACUUAUAAUGCGCUGAUUAAUGGGAUUUGUAAGAACGGAGAGUUUGAAGAGGCUAUGAAAGUGUACAAAGAGAUGCGUGACAAAGGCUAUGGGGAAAGCACGGCGAGUUACAACAUGAUGAUUUCAAAUCUAUGCUUGGUUGAAAAGGUAAAUGAGGCUUUUGAUUUGUCUGAAACAAUGCAACGGAAGGGAAUUUCUCGAGAUGUAAUCACGUAUAAUGCUCUAAUUAGAGGCUUUUGUAAAGAAGGGAGAAUCGACGAGAGUAAAGGCCUAUUUAACGAGCUACUAGCACAUGGUUUACAGCCAUCGACUUUAUCCUAUAUUCCUCUUAUUCAGAAUCUAUGUGAAGUGGGAGACAUGAAAGAAGCAAAACGGAUGUGGAAUGAUAUGCAAAACAGAGGUUUGAAGCCGAAGGUAUGCGAUUAUGAUCAUUUUAUUACUGCAUUAUGCAAACAUGAUUGUCUAAUGGAGGCUAUGGGAUGGCUAAUUGAUAUGCUGAAGAAUAAACUCAUACCGCAGAAGAUGACUCUCGAGAGAUUGAUUCAGCACCUUUCACAAGAUGAAAAGCUAGAUGAUUGUGUCCUUGUUUUUGAUUACAUGUUAAAGAUUGGUUAUUCUGUUGAAACAGAAAUUUGCAGCUCCUUGAUUAGUAAACUUUGCAAAGGAAAUAAGCUUCCUUCCGAAGCAUGCCUAGAUAGGAUCCUAGAAAGAAAUUAAACCGCCCAUUACUAUUAAUCUUGUAACUUUUAUAAAGACCUGUAAUUUUUUUUUUCAAAAAAAUGCAAGUAAAUGUAAUGUGUCAAAAUAGGCUAAAAAUAAUAAAGUGGGGUAAAGGAUAGGGGUUUUUUGAGAAGUGCCCACAAAAUAGCAAAGUAAUCUCAAAAAUACUGGUUGACCAAUUAGUGUUGAAUUUUACGGUUUGACCAAUAUCACUUGCAGAAACUUUCUGUUUUCAAGAAAUACGGUUUUUUUAACAAUCACAGUUUCUUUACUUCUGCUAUUCCCGGCUUCAUUCGGCUUGUUUCAAUUGUUAGAUAGGCCGGCGACGGUGAAUCUGACUUCACAGCAUCCUCACAAUGGAUGACUUUGUACAGCUUCUUGUUUUCAUUCACUGUUGCACUCCUCUUCAGGUUCUCUCUUUCAACGUCUAUUAUUUUUAUGUUCUUUUGAUUUACAAUAUGUUGGCAAUGAUGUGUGGCCGUAUUUCUCAGUCUAUUGUUGUCGUUUUUGGCUGUUAUUGGUGAUUAUAGUCAUAAUGAUUCUUCUUCACUUACUUAUAGUUUUGAUUGAUGCUUGUUUUGAAUUUAUUUAUAAUGCUACUGCUAAACUAAGUAAAUUUUUUACCAAUUUUGUUUGAGAUUGAAUAAAAUUGCAAAAUCUAAGUUUUAGCUGAAGUUUAAUUUGUAACCUAUGAUGCACGGAAACCUUAUUUAGGGUAAGUUUUCCCGUUUCGGAAACUCUCAGAAACUCUUUGGAAACGUUUCGGGGCCGUUUCUGUAAAUACUAACAGUUGGAAACUCGUUUCCUAUAUAAAAAAAAAAAAUCUUAAAUAAACCCUAAAAAAGUUACCUAUAAAUAAAGGGAUCUAAUUAAUACACAUAAUUAUUAUGAAAUUUAUUGAUAAUGUUAUUUUUUUUUUAGAAAUGUUAUAUUUAUUAUAUAUUCAAAUAAUUUAUUUUAUUAUUUUUUAUAAUAGUUUAUUCAUAUGAAAAUAAAUAUAUAUAUAUAUAUAAUUUUUCAACUUUUAAUAUUUAUAAAUAUACCCCUAUAUUUUUACUAUUUACACGUUUCCCCCAAAUUUCCGUUUCCUGUAUUUUGAAAAAAUAUGUUUUGCCGUUUCCGUUUCCGUGCAUCAUAGUUUGUAACUGAUUCAUAGUAACAGUCGGCUGAAAUUUUGUUUGUUUUCUUGAUUUAUGAUAUUCGAGAAGCUAGAUUUUGAAAAUGCAAGGUUUGAUUGCUGAUUCAAAGAUAGAUUUUAGGGUUUCAGUUUCUUAUUUGCUGUAGAAUCAGUUACUAGUUAUGUUAGUCUUAACUCUAAGGUUUGUCUAGAUUCAAUUAGGAAUACCCGAUGGCCCGCACUGAAGGAAGAAAGGAACCUUAAGGUUGUCAAUCCCUAGACGUCAUAACUCGUAAGGAUUACAUAGUCUGCAGAUAACUGUAUAAAAACAAUAAUUACCUUUGUUCCUUACGGCUGGCCUGAUGCUCCAGAAAUACAGAGGUCUGCUGGUCUCUAUGAAGACAUGAUAAGGUGUUACGUCGCAGAUGUUAUGAGUGAGGCUACCUUCAAAGCGCGACAGGCUUUCGAAAAUUCAGCUACACUAAGCUGAAAAAAGCGAUUCGAGGUUUCAUAGAAGAGAUUGGAAGAGGAGCAGGAGGAAUUGUAUGCAAAGGCAUAUUAUCUGAUAAUUGAGUUGCAGCCGUAAAGAGACUUAGUAGAGCAAGGAGAAGCGGAAUUCCGAGCAGAAGUUAGUGUCAUUGGCAAGCUUAAUCAUAUGAACUUAAUCGAAAUGUUGCUUCCUAAGGAAACUAUUUUAGUUGAUCUUUUUAUAGCUAUGUUGCUUCCUAAAGGAAACUCAAAUAGGAAUAGAUUAGUAUCUAAUAUCUAAUAUCAUGCAUGGAUCAUUAGUAGUCUUAUAGAGUAAGAAGACUGAAUUUUGAGAGUUUCGGAAAUCUCUGUUCAAAUUUCAUGUUUUAGAAAUAAUUUUCUUAUUAUAAUGUAAGAGUUCAAAAAAAAAAAACUUUUUCAUUAUAAUAAAAACUACUCUACAUUUCAGUA